GCUCACUCAUCCACGACCAUCCACGUUUCCUCCCCUAAAAAGCUAUGGGUGAAUCGCGAUCCGAGCUUAUCGCAUGGCUGAACGAGCUAUUGCAACUCAAUUAUACAAAGAUUGAGCAGUGUGGUACCGGCGCGGCCUACUGUCAAAUCAUUGACUCCAUUUACGGUGAUGUGCCCAUGGUACGGGUCAAAAUGAACGCGAAGCAUGAGUACGAGUUCAUCGCCAACUUCAAAGUCAUGCAAAAUAUUUUCAAAGCAAAGCGUAUCGACAAGCCUAUACCAGUUGAAAGACUCGUGAAAUGCAAGAUGCAGGACAAUCUCGAAUUCCUUCAAUGGCUAAAGCGUUUCUGGGAUUCUAACUAUGGUGGACAGCCAUACGAUGCUGUUGCUCGACGGCGCGGUCAAUCAACUGAUACCCCUGCUACAAUUGCACCACUUGCACCCGCGCGUGGUGGUGGCGGUGGCGGGCUUUCUGCCGGAGCGAGAAGCGGUGGCAAGACGCCUGUUGGUGGCCAUAGAGCGGGAAGCUCUGCAGCAGUGCAUCAAGAACAAGUUCACAAUCUUCAAGCGCAAUUGAAGGAGGUGUCGGCGCAUCUAGAGGGUUUGGAGAAGGAAAGAGACUUCUAUUUUGCGAAGCUCCGAGAUAUCGAAAUAUUAGCUCAACAACAGCUAGAGGUUCUGGAAGGCGAAGGAAAGGAUGACGAGACGCUGCGCGAAAUACAAAAGAUUCUAUAUUCGACCGAGGAUGGCUUUGAGGUUCCCGAGGGAGACGCUCACGCGCAACUUGUCGACGAAGAGGAGACGUUCUAAGCGUGACUCCUUGCGACAUGGCGGAUCUUGCAUUUUUCGGUCCGCAAACAUGCGCGGCUAAGGUCUGUAUUUAUACCAGUCCCACCCCUACAUCAUACCUAUCAUCUCUUGCCACUUCCCUUAUCCCACGUAAUGCGCGUACUGCCUCCUACGGUCCGUUUUAUUCUCGCUUUGUUCUGUCGUCGUACUCAUAUACAAGCCAACUGAAUUGAAUGAAUGGAAAUAGUGUGUUGUCC